AUGAGUUCUGAAACUCACAGGAGCGCUUUGGUGAAAGUUUUAAGUGAAGCUUAUGUUCCGGCCAAUAUCACAAGUGAGAAUCUUUCAGCCAUGGUAGGGCAGGUUUUGGAAGCAAACAAAGUCUGUUUUCACGAAGAGAAAUUACCAUCUGAAGGUUUGGGACAUAACAAAGCAUUGAACAUUACUGUCAGGUGCAGGGACAAGUUUAUUUCUAGAGUUUUGAUUGAUAAUGGUUCAGCUGUCAAUAUCUGUCCUUUCAUUACCCUUCGAGCUUUGGGAAUUGAUAUAGGGAAAAUUCGUGAAAGUCAUGUGAAGGUUAGAGGUUUUGAUGGGACACAAAGGGGAGUCAUUGGCGAAAUUGAUUUGCCACUACAAAUCGGACCCGAGGAGUUUGUGGUAGAAUUCCAAGUAUUGGACAUACCUGCUAGUUACAAUUUAUUGCUUGGGAGGCCUUGGAUCCAUAUGGCUGGUGCGGUCCCUUCUACCCUGCACCAAAAUUUGAAAUUUGUUUGGAACCACCACGAGAUUAUUGUUCAUGGAGAAGGUAGUAAUUCCAUGUAUCCUGACAAUUCAAUCCCUGUUGUUGAAAGUAUGGAAAAACUGGAUGGGUCUGUGUUCCAUACUAAAGAGAUUAUGUGUGUCCAUCAAACUGAAAGGGUAAAGUUGCCACGUGUGCUUAUGAUGGUGGCUUGGGAAAUGUUGAAGAAUGGUUUCAUGCCUGGUCGAGGUCUUGGAGUGAACUUGGGUGGAAUAGUGAAACCAAUUCAAUUUUCGGGCCAGAAAUACACCUUUGGUUUAGGAUACAAGCCUACUCCUAAAGAAGUCUCAUUGGCCGAUCUCAAAAGGAAAAGUGACAUUUCAUUGCCCCAUCCCAUCCCGCACUUGAAUCAGUCAUUUUCCAAGGCAUAUAUUAUAAAAGAAUCAGAGGAUGAUGCUGGAGACACCCUCGUGGAAGGACUCAAAAACUUAUUUAUGGAAGAAGUGGAAUGCAACAUGAUCUUCGAGCAAAUUAAUGAAUCUUCCAAUACCGAGAAUGUGACAUGUAAUGAAACGAGCAAACAAAUCUCAAAUACCGAGCAAUCUUUUGCGGAAUAUGAAGAAGAGGUGCAGCCUGAAGAGUUGACUGAGGUAUUUGAACAUUUUGAGAAUAAAAUAAAGCCAAAUUUGGAUAAAACUGAGACGGUAAAUUUGGGAGAUUCAAAAGUAAUGAAAGAAACAAGAAUUAGCAUCCAUUUGACUCCGUCUCAAAGAAAGGAACUUAUUGGUAUUUUGGGGCAAUAUAUGGAUGUAUUUGCAUGGUCUUAUGAUGAUAUGCCGAGUCUAAGCACAAACAUUGUUUCACAUAAGUUGCCGACUGAUCCAUCUUGUCCUCCAGUCAAGCAAAAGCCAAGGAAGAUCAAGCCUGAUUUGAGUUUAAAAGUUAAGGAAGAAGUUUCUAAGCAAAUCGAUGCCAACGUCAUCCGAGUCACAAAGUAUCCUACAUGGUUAGCUAAUAUAGUGCCAGUGCCAAAGAAAGAUGAAAAAAUCAGAGUAUGUGUAGACUAUCGAGACCUCAACAAGGCUAGUCCGAAAGAUGAUUUUCCACUUCCAAACAUUCACAUACUUAUUGAUAAUUGUGCAAAGCAUGAGUUGCAGUCAUUUGUUGAUUGCUUUGCAGGCUACCAUCAGAUUCUAAUGGAUGAAGAAGACGCUGAUAAAACGGCAUUCAUCACACCUUGGGGAGUGUAUUGUUAUCGAGUAAUGCCUUUCGGACUCAAGAAUGCAGGAGCAACAUACAUGAGAGCUAUGACUACCAUUUUUCAUGACAUGAUCCAUAAGGAGAUUGAAGUCUAUGUAGAUGAUGUCAUUAUCAAGUCACAAAAGAGCUCAAAUCACCUCACAAAUUUGAAGAAGUUCUUUGAUAGGUUGAGGCGGUAUAAUCUGAAAUUAAAUCCUGCGAAGUGUGCAUUUGGUGUCCCUGCUGGAAAGUUGUUGGGUUUCAUUGUGAGUAGGAAGGGCAUAGAAUUGGAUCCUUCAAAGAUAAAGGCUAUUCAAGACUUGCCCCCUCCAAAGAGUCAAAAUGAUGUAAUGAGUUUUCUUGGUCGACUAAAUUACAUUAGUCGAUUCAUUGCACAGUCGACUAUAAUUUGUGAACCAAUCUUCAAGUUGUUAAGGAAAGAUGCUGCUAUUAAAUGA